GAUGGCCGGGCGGGCCCGGGGGCGGACCUCGGCCCGGGCGCCGGAGGCGGCGGCGGCGCCGGGAGCUGCGGCCGGGACUGCAGCGCGGUGGCUGUGGCGGCAACAAGUGCCGGAGACGGGCGGCGCCGGAGCUGUCCCCGCUGCGACGCCAGCCGGCCGCCCGUUGCGUGUGCGACGUAUGGAGCGUGAGCGGCGGCGGUCGCCGGGCUGAGCCGCGCCGAGCGGCCGGGACGUGGAUGCGGCCGCGGUCUCCCGCCCUCCGCCCCGCUGAGCAGGAGCUGCUCCUGGACAAGAUAUGAGAAAUGAGUGUUGGACGUCGAAGAAUAAAGUUGUUGGGUAUCCUGAUGAUGGUAAAUGUCUUCAUUUAUUUGAUUGUGGAAGUCUCUAAAAGCAGUAGCCAAGAAAAAAAUGGAAAAGGAGAAGUAAUAAUACCCAAAGAAAAAUUCUGGAAGAUAUCUGAACCUCCAGUGGCAUAUUGGAACAGAGAACAAGAAAAGCUGAACAGGAAGUACAAUCCCAUUUUGAACAUGUUGGUCAACCAGACUGGGGAUGGACAUGGUUUUUCUAAUACAAGCCAUUUAAAUUACUGUGAGCCUGACUUGAAGGUUACAUCAGUAGUUUCAGGGUUUAGCAAUUUGCCAGACAGGUUUAAAGACUUCCUGCUGUAUUUGAGAUGUCGAAAUUACUCAUUGCUUAUAGAUCAACCUGAUAAGUGUGCAAAUAAGCCAUUUUUGUUGCUGGCAAUUAAAUCCCUUACUCCACAUUUUGCUAGAAGGCAAGCAAUUCGGGAAUCGUGGGGCAGAGAAACCAAUGUGGGAAACCAAACUGUGGUGCGAGUUUUCUUACUAGGCCAGACACCCCCAGAGGACAAUCAUCCCGACCUCUCAGAUAUGUUGAAAUUUGAGAGUGAGAAGCACCAAGACAUUCUCAUGUGGAACUACAGAGACACUUUCUUCAACUUAUCUUUGAAAGAAGUGCUCUUUCUCAAGUGGGUUAGUACAUCCUGCCCAAAUGCUGAAUUCGUUUUCAAGGGUGAUGAUGAUGUUUUUGUGAAUACCCACCACAUCCUGAAUUACUUGAAUAGCUUAUCCAAGAACAGAGCCAAAGAUUUGUUUAUUGGUGAUGUGAUUCACAAUGCUGGACCUCAUCGGGAUAAGAAACUAAAGUACUACAUCCCAGAAGUUGUUUACACUGGUGUCUACCCACCUUAUGCGGGGGGAGGUGGAUUUCUCUACUCUGGCCACCUGGCCCUGAGGUUGUACGAUAUAACUGACCGGGUCCUUCUCUACCCCAUUGAUGAUGUUUAUACUGGAAUGUGCCUUCAAAAACUUGGCCUUGUUCCAGAGAAACACAAAGGCUUUAAGACAUUUGAUAUAGAGGAGAAAAAUAAGAAUAACAUCUGUUCUUAUCUAGAUCUGAUGUUAGUACAUAGUAGAAAACCUCAAGAGAUGAUUGAUAUUUGGUCUCGACUACAAAAUGCUCAUUUAAAAUGCUAAAAUAUAUACCAACUACAUCUUAUAUAGAAAGAUAUAUCUUGAAUAGUUCCCAUAUUGUGUUUUCUCACACUAGGGGUAAUUUCUAUGUUAAAUUAACAAAAUUGCCUUUAUAAAAAGUAGUAUCUAUUUGAGGGGAUAUUUAGACCCUUCAAUAUGGUACUUUCUGAAAAGGGGAAGCAGAAGAUCAUAUUAUUUUUUAUGGAAGAUAUGGCAAUAUGAUUGGUUCUGAUCCUUGUUACUGGCUAGUGGUCAUUAUUUUUUAAUUUGCACCCCCCGCCCCAGUCAUCUGAAACUAUAGGUUUCUAGAAUUGGACCAGUUUAACUUGUUUUGCUUUCAUGUGAUAAUAUUCCUAUGUUCCAUUAUAAACUGAAUUAUCUGCUAUUUAGAUGUUUAUAACCAUAUUACUGGCUACAGAAAUGUUCUUAUGCAUGUUUCAGUAGUUUUUAUAAAAUGAAAUUACAUUUAUUUUCAUGAAGUUCGGAUGAUUGUUUUAAUUGUCUAGAAAUUGACUUCUGUUGAAAUUUUCUGCCAUCCCAACAGUAUUUUCUUGUGUUUAUCUAAUCAGCUAAUUUUGUAAAAUGAGAAUCACUAUGUGACAUUUAUCCAGUUUAUCUUGUUAUGAUCAAAAGGAGUAUGGUCAUAAUAAGGAGAAAGUUUAACUUUUCUUGUAUUUGGUUUGCUGGGUGGUAUCAUAACAGUUCUUUAUUUUUAGUAUUUGAAAAUAAUGAGUAUGAUUCCAUAAUGGCCAACUGAAAAUUGAAUUGACCCUGGCAACCAUAUUGUGUUUAUGAUUUUUCAGUGGACCAGGAAAGCAUAUCUAACUUUUGAACUUUUAAGUAAAAAGAUUAAACUUACAGGCCUGUUCAUGAGUGGUUUGUUACUUUAAAACUCUAGGAUUCUAUUCUUGCCAUAUUUUUCACACAUUGCUUAUACAAAAUAAUCCGAGUAGUGACUGCUUCCCUGUCUCAGUGUAGAAGUGCCUGUGUUUUUAAUUUAUUGUUCAGAUCAAAGACCAAAACAUUUUCUUAAAUAUAUUUUGUGUAAUAUUUUAUUUGUAUACAGUGUUCUUGAUGAGAUAUUUAAUUAGAGCAUGUUAUUUUAAGUGUUAAGGUGUAACAUGUUAAAUAAAGCUAACUGUUAUUUUUGAAUUAAAAA